AUGGUUUGCGCUGGCGCAAAGGCCGUUUCGGCCCUCAAGUUUGUGGGCACCUUUUCGUUGGGGUUGCUGACGGUGCGUCGGCCCGUUGUUGCUGUGCUUGUGCUUGUGCUUGUGCCCCGAAUCUUCGCACCGGCGGGCGUAUCAUACACCGUCUCCAACAUCGCGCUCCCGGCGCUCCUGCGCGUCCCCUCAUCCGCAUCCGCCUCGCACGCCAUCGCCUCGCUCACCGCGAGUCUGCAGACGCCGCUGCUGACACUUACGUCGCUCGCGUCGGCGCCCCUCUUCCUCGCCUUCGUCCUGUCUCCUCGCCGCGCUCGCCACCCCUACCUCGUGUAUACAUCCGUCCUCGCCCUCGUAUCGACUGUUGUCCCGCGUCUUCUCCCUCACCCUGCCUCCCGUCCCGCCCAGCCGCAGCAGUCCCGGAAGUCAUCCCCGCGCGCUAGGAUGGAAGCCAGCUAUGAAGUCCUGGGCGACGUCCACAGUGAACCCGCCAGCGAGGAAGACAUUGAGGAUAUCAAUGGGGAGGAAGUGCGAGUCGAGGUUGACAGGCUUGCGAGGGGCUACUUUGCCCGUACUGGUCUGGCUGCGCUGGGAUUUGCCAUGGCUGUGGUUGGCCUUUGGGGAGAUGGAGCUCCCAAGGCCGCUGUUUACGUGGCGUGA